AUGGCCGAAACUGUUACCGCUGACCAGACUGAUCUCCACGUCGACCUGCCAGAGAGUCCAGGUCACAAGAGGAAGCGGAGUUCAGAGUCUGCAUCACCCGACUCGAGGAGGAUAAAGCGCGGAGCACCUACUGCUACCAUGGCCAACCCCGCCGACACCGCGGCUGCCGCUGCAGCCUUCAUGGACAACCCGCUUGAUGCCUCACAACUGCCUGACUUCAGUGCUCUUCAGCAAGCCACUGCCGAGCACUCCGAUGCUUCUGAUCCAGCCAAUGCCUCCAGCACUGCCGCUGCUGCCUUGGGCUCCAUGUACCCUACGCUGCAUGUUCCCCCGACGACCGAGGAGACCUUUGCAGCCCAGGCACUGGGCGAGGCUGAGCACCAUGCUCACCAUCAUCAGGACGCCUUCAACGGUGCCGAUGUAGGUCACCACACCGACGGUCUUCCCAUGACCACCGCCCAGCCCCCUCAGCCGGACGCCAAUGGCCUUCGCCAAGAGCAGCGAUAUGUUCCCCCUCCCCAGAACGCUAAGCCCGCUGUGGGUUCUGAGGAAUGGCACAAGAUGCGCAAGGAUAACCACAAAGAAGUCGAGCGCCGGCGCCGUGAGACGAUCAACGAGGGGAUCAACGAGCUGGCCAAGAUCGUGCCCGGUUGCGAGAAGAACAAGGGCUCUAUCCUCCAGCGCGCCGUCGCCUUCAUCACUCAACUCAAGGAGAAUGAGACUCAGAACAUCGAGAAGUGGACCUUGGAGAAGCUACUCACUGAGCAAGCCAUUGCCGAGCUGAGCGCCUCCAACGAGAAGCUCAAGGGCGAGGUCGAGCGUCUGUACCGAGAACUCGAGACUUGGAAGCGGGUCGCGCAGAAUGCGGGACUGCAACCGCCGGCCGAGAAGCAGGAACCAGCCACUAGCAGCUAG